UGACCACAGGGUGCCUGCUGCCGCGACAGCUUCGCUCACAACCGAGGACCCGCUUCUGGGUCCCCCGGCUCUGGCGAGGAGGGGUGGCCGGGAGGGCGGGCGGGCUGUCCAGUGCCUCCAGGGGUUGGGCUCCCGGCCAGCUGGGCGGGACUCAAGCUACGGGUAUAAAGAGGAGCGCCGCUGUCCCGGCCACAAUGCUGAAGCUGGGAGCCGGAGGUAACGGUCACUGAACUUGCAACUCAGGCCCCAGAGUGACUGAAGAAGAGGGAAAGGAGCACGUCUCUCCGCCACUCCAGCCCCAGCCUGGGAGGAUGCGGCUUCUCGGGAAACUCCGCGCCUCGGCCGCGGGCAGCGCCGCUCCGGAGCCGGCCUGCCCCAACGUGCUCACCCCGGGCCGCAUCCCCGAGUUCUGCAUCCCGCCGCGGCUGCCCGCGCCCUGUGCGCCCGAGGCUCCGCCCUCGGCCGCCGCUCUGCCCCGGCGAUGCGCGGCCGAGCCGGACCUGUGGCCCCGAGGGGCCGACGACAGCGCCGGGCGCACGGACUGGGACCCGCGCUCGCAGGCCGCGCUCUCGCUGCCGCACCUGCCCCGCGCGCGCACCGCUUACGGCUUCUGCGCGCUGCUCGAGAGCCCGCACACCCGUCGCAAGGAGUCGCUCUUCCUCGGGGGCCCCCGGGCCCGCACCCUCGGCGGCGGCGACACCCACCUCGUCCCCCGGGCCGGAGCCCCCGCCACCACCCCCGCGGCCCCCGGCGGCGCCCGCCCGCCUCGGGACGCGCUCGCCCCGCGGCCCCGCGGCCGCUGUCUCCUGCGCGCCCCCGAAGGGCUGCUGAGACGCGCGCUGCGGGCCCGGAGGAGGGGCGGCCUGGCCCGCGCCCGCUCCGUGUCCAGCGGGGACGGCGACGAGGACGAGGAGCGCGCCGCCGCUCUGGGCCGCGCCGGCGGCGCCCUGCGCCUGGCCGCCCAGUACAGCCCGGCCAGCGGGCGCCUCCGCGUCCGGCUGCUCCGCGCCGAGGGCCUGGCCGCGGGGGCCGCCGAGCCCCGCGCCGUCGGCUGCCGCGUCAGCUUCGUCCUGCAGCCGCCCGGCCCGACCCGGCCGCAGCGCGGCGCCGUGGUGCGGCGGAGCCGCCGGGCCGCCUUCGAGCAGGACUUGUGCCUGGACGGGCUCUCGGAGGACGAGGUGCGCCGCCUGGCCGUGCGCGUCAAGGCCGAGCGCAAGGGCCGCGGCCUGGAGCGGGGCCGCCGGCUGGGCCAGGGCGAGCUGCUGCUGGGCCCCCUGCUGCUCCUCUGAAGACGCGGGCGGCCCGGGCCUGCCCUCGGGCGCUGUCUGCCCGCCGGCUCACGGACACGGGGACACGGACAGCCACCUUGUACAAAAUAAAUGUUAUUUAUUCACUUUUCUAUUCCUGAUCUUGCUUUAUUGACAUCUUCGUUCUUAUAUCUCCGCUUUUGUCAUUUAUUGGUAGGGAACGGAAAAAUAAUGACUCCCUCUGCUAUUCACAGCAUCUAAUGCCCUUUUCCGGACCAUUUUCACAUUCAAAGGCGAAAGGGUUGGCUU